AUUCCACGAAAGAAAAAAUCGCUUCUCCGAUUGAAACUGACUUUGACGUAAGAGGAGGCGAUUCAUCAAAGCACUUUGUAAUGGCGAUCGAUUUCUCCCAACUUCCUCCUCCGACUUCGAAUUUUCCCGCCAAAAAGAAGCAGACGAAUCAGAUUCAGGCCUCCUCGCAGAACGAAGCUGGGAAGAAUCUCAGUUACAAAACGAAGGAGAUCAAGUUUCGUAAGCGAGAUAGGCAGAUCGUUCUCCAGAGCGAGAACGGACCGUGUCCUCUGAUCGCCAUUUGUAACGUUCUGAUCUUGAGAAACGAGAUGAAUCUAUAUCCUGAUCGUGAUCGAUUCCAAGUAUCUCAAGAGAGGCUGCUGAGUCUUGUGGCAGACGUAUUGUUUGAUAGCUAUCAUGAUGAUGAUGAUGAUGAGUUUACUGAGAACCAGCAACACAGAAUUGCUGACGCCAUUAAUCUCCUUCCACGUUUGGCGGAUGGCAUUAAUGUCAAUAUUAGAUUCAGGAGGAUUGAUGACUUUGAGUCUACACCUGAGCUAGCUAUAUUUGAUUUACUCAGUAUUCCCUUAUUUCACGGAUGGAUUGUUGAUCCCCAUGAUUUUGAAACCGCUAAUGCAAUUGGAUGCAAAUCUUAUAAUGAUUUGAUGACUGGACUUGUUACUUUGGAGACACAGACUCUAAAGGCUCGAAUCGGCUCUAAAGAAUGCUCUCUUGAUUUUACUGCUACGUUUACUCCAACUCAACGUUGUUUGAAGAAAACAAGAUCUUUUGCUGACUCUACACCUACAUCUGCUGAGCAUAGUCAACUCGGAAGGGGAGAUAUUGAAGAGGAAAGAGUGUUGCUGCGAGCCUUGAGGUUCUCUGAAAGGGAAAAUCUUGGUAUUUAUACUCGCAGAGACUCGAGCAGUGGAGGAGACUCUGUGUCUGGAUACUCAGAUGUAUAUCUUAUGUCUGAGAGUGACUCAUUAGUAGAUUCUAUGGACGCUGGAUCUCCUUGUACUAGCACCCCUGGAAGUGGUAAUACCUGUCAGAAGUCUAAAUGUAAUGAUCAGGUUUCUUCUAAGGAAUCAGGAGAUGAGACAGUUUGUGUUCUUGGGAAUAAGUUUGAUGUGGCGGAAGAGACACAUUCUUCAACACCAGGCGCUCUUGCAAGUGAGCAGCUGUCUUCAACGGAAUUGGGAGAUGAGACGGCUUCUGAUGUCGAGAGUAACAUCAAAAUGGUUGAUGUGCAUGUUAUUUUGGAGAAGAAUAAUCAGGAGUCAACCAAAAGCGCUAGCAGCUCUGAGAUUCAAUUCAAGUCUGAAGCUGUAACUUUUGUUAACACAGAUCUUACGGACAGAUCCCAGGAUGAUGAUAAUGUAGCCAUGUAUGAAGCUGAGAAAUCUGUAACCUUAGGCUCUCCAGUGUAUAAAGGCCAGUCACCUCUUGGCCAAAGCUCUUCUGAAGGGAAGGAUACAAAUGGGGUCACGCCAAGAGAGGGUGAAGUGAUCAAGAACUUCUUGAAUAAUAAUGCCAGCCAAUUGACGUUUCCCGGUCUCUUUUUCUUAGAACAAGGCUUUGAAGAAGGUGAACUUUGUGUCUUCUUUCGCAACAAUCACUUCUACACCAUGCUUAAGUAUGACAAUGAACUCUAUAAUCUGGUUACUGAUCAAGGCUAUUUGAAUGAGCGAGACUUGGUUUGGGAGAAACUAAACGAGGUGAAUGGCGAUUCAGUUUUCGUGGAUGGUGACUUCAAGGUCUUCAGGUGUGAGAGUGGCAACUGGGAUCAACAAUAUGCACUUAGUAGUACUGCGGAUUAUAUCUACAGCAUCAACAGUGCAUCAAAAGAAGGCAUGGAGGUUGAUCCCGAUCUUAAAAUGGCGAUGGAGUUGCAGGAACAAGAGUUGGGUGAAGACAUUGGUUUUGAGGUACCAAUGAAGAAGCAGUCACAUGUCUUCUUCUUCUUCUUCAGUACAAGAAGUGAGAGCAGUCCAACGAUGGUCCAAAGAUGGCAUAUGUACAAUCAUGAAUGUAAAUUCUCCUCCUUGCCCUGUAAAGGUUAGCUUCUUUUUCUUUCCAUUGAUUUUGAUUGUUUGGGUUUACAAAUAAAUUAUAGAUUUAGCUAAAUCAAUCAGAGCUUUUCGAUUCUUGCUUGGUUGUAGUUGACUAUCAUUCCUUGGUCCUUUGUAAUUUUGUUUCUUUAGUCAAAUUUUUGUAGUGAAUUUUUAUUCAAUCGUGUAAAUGGAAUCAAUGAAUGUAUGAAUAUUUUGAGAGUACUU